AGGAAAAUUUCUCUCUCUAGUGUGUAUUCGUGAUUUGGAUCCGUAUUCUUUCUUUUUGGUCGCCGAUAAUCUCAUCAGGUUCGCUAUCUUUCUAUUCUCAUGUAUUGAUUCUUAAGAGCUUUUGUUUUGGGCGUUGAUUCGAUCAUACGGUUCGUCAUCAUCCAUGGGUUUUCAACAGUCGACGGCGAUUGGAUCAGAUUCAUCGAUGAGGAUUUUGAGAUUUAGAUCUUAUUUAUGUUUCUCUUUGUUCGGAUUGAUUAAGGAUUAUAGUCUAGGCUUUUUGUGGUUUCUUGUUAAAAUCUUCAUUCCCUGUAAAAUGUAUGCUGCGGACUGUGCCUAUUCUCUUCCGGAUGUUAUAUAUAGAAUCAAGAACGAAUAUCGAGAUCGACGAGUAUACGAGAAAUUCUGGUUUGAAUGUGGGGACUUUUCUUGGGCUUCUAUGAAGAGGAUCAGAUUUGUGGUUGAUUUCCUUUUUGCCUGCUUCCGAUUUAGGUUUUGGAUUUUUAUGGUGCAUAAAGAAAUGGAUAUUCAUCUCACUUGUACAGUGAAGAUUUCCAACAGUUUUUAUUUGACGGGAACAGCUCUCCUACACCCUGGCUUAUCUUGCAUCAUGUUAGUUCAGAUUCUGAUAUAUCCGUUAUGGUAUUUUUCGUUUAGCAUUCGGUGAUGGAUGUCAAGGCAGCAAGGAGGGUCCCAAUCUUUAACCGAGUAGGAGGACAUCCUGUGAGAAACGAAGUCUGCACCUUCUGGCUUAAGGGAAAAUGCAAUAGAAAUCCAUGUAAGUUCAUGCACAGAGAGUCACCACCUCCUCAAAGUGAGAAAAAGUCCCAUUCACCUCCAGGGCGUGAUUUUCAUCGAAAUCACUCUAGAAAUUUGACCUGGAGGAAACCCAAUAAUUGUAUCCCCAAAACUGGGGAUGAAGGCAGAGUGGAAAGAAGAAGCAAGAACACUCCACAGAAAGUAUCUACGAUUAACAUAACCACCAAGCACAACCAAACAGAUCAAGAAAUAAUGAAUGCUACAAAUGAGAAGGAUGGAAGCACACAUGCCCUAGCAAAUGGUUUGGAAACUGCCGAGAGUAUUGUUCAAGAAACUCUCCCAAAACAAUGUCAGGACUGGCUCACUGGCAACUGUAUUCGUGGAGAGAAGUGCACGGAUAAACACUCUUGGUUCUAUGGUUCCGGAUUCAAAAUGUUGGCAAAGUUAGAGGGACACAGCAAGGCUAUUUCUGGAAUUUGCCUCCCAUCUGGUCACACUAAGCUUUAUUCGGGUGGGGAUGAUGGUUGUGUCCGAGCUUGGGACUGCCAUAGUGGUCAGUGUGCUGGUUUGGAAAAUCUGAACUGUGGGAUACGGUGUAUGGUCACUGAAGGUCAAUGGCUUUUUGUUGGAUUGCAUGAUGCUGUUAAGGCUUGGAACUUUGAAAGUCAAACUGGAUAUACUCUUUACACUGGAGGUGGUGUAAUUUGUAGCAUGGCUUCUGAUGACAACAUCUUGUUUGCUGGAACAGAGGAUGGUUCCAUAUUGGUAUGGAGAUGGCAAUCUGGAAGCAGCAAUGCUCCUGAACCAGCUGCAUUGCUGAAGGAACACACGGGUGCUGUGUGUUCACUUGUUAUAGGAUCUGGAUCUAAGCGACUCUAUUCUGGUUCCAAAGAUUCUACAAUCAAGGUGUGGGAUGUGCAAUCGUUGCAGUGUUUGCAGACGUUGCACGGGCAUACAAGUGAUGUGACGGCUGUCCUUUGUUGGGAGUACUUUCUGUUAACGGCUUCCCUUGACAAAACGAUAAAGGUUUGGGCUUCCUCAGAAAAUGAAACCAUACAAAUGGUUUAUGAGAUGAAAAAUGAUCAUGGAGUGAUUGCCCUUGCCGGUAUACACGACUUAGAAGCUAAGCCAAUUCUACUAUGUUCUUACACCGACAACACUGUUCGCCUAUUUGAGUUGCCAACAUUCUCCGAACGAGGCAGAAUAUUUUCAAGGCACCGCAUUGAAGUGAUUCGGAACGACGGCGACGUCGAGGGACUCUUUUUCACCGGAGAUGCUUCCGGGGAGCUCUUUGUCUGGAAGAUGCUUUGAUCUCCAUAAUACUUUAAAUUCUUUUCUAUGUAAAUUCUCACCCAUUUUACAACAUUAUU